CCUGGCGGGCUGCAGUCCGUGGAAUCGCCAACAGUUGGAUGCGACGGAGCGACCAACACUUUCUUUGGGUGGAAGAGCUUCAGGAGGGCAUCUGAGCUGGUCAGCCUGUGCUCGGAGGAGACUAGACCGAUGAUGGAUGAUAGGCAAGGCUCAGGCGAAACAGCCGUAUCCAGCAUGCUCCACGGCCACAGCCCGGUGUCCCAGGCCCUGCUGGGGACCUUCUUCACCUGGGGGUUGACGGCGGCCGGGGCGGCCCUCGUGUUCGUCUUCUCUAGCGGACAGAGGCGGAUCUUAGAUGGAAGCCUUGGCUUUGCUGCAGGGGUCAUGCUGGCGGCUUCCUACUGGUCCCUCCUGGCCCCGGCGGUGGAGAUGGCCACGUCCUCCGGCGGCUUCGGUUCCCUGGCCUUUCUCCCCGUGGCCGUCGGCUUCACCCUUGGAGCAGCGUUUGUCUACCUGGCCGACCUCCUGAUGCCUCAAUGGGGUGCAGCGGAAGAUCCGCAGAUGGCCCUGGCACUGAACUUGGACCCUGUGCUGACGAAGAAGUCCGACGCGGAGGGUGCCAGGAUGCUCUUCCCCGAGAGCGAACUUUCCAUCCGGAUAGGUAGAGCGGGGCUUCUUUCAGACAAGAGUGAGAACGGCGAGGCGUAUCAGAGGAAGAGGGCCGUGGCCGCCGACCUCGCGGAGGGCCCCGCCGCCCCCGGGCCGCCUCGGGGCAGUGCGGCGCAGCCCAGCGGCAGCAGCUGGAGGCGGAUCGCGCUGCUCAUCCUGGCCAUCACCAUCCACAACAUCCCAGAGGGUCUUGCGGUUGGAGUUGGAUUUGGGGCCGUAGGAAAGACGGCAUCGGCCACCUUCGAGAGUGCCAGGAAUUUAGCCCUUGGAAUUGGGAUCCAGAACUUCCCGGAGGGCCUCGCCGUCAGCCUGCCCUUGCGAGGGGCUGGAUUCUCCACCUGGAGAGCCUUCUGGUACGGGCAGCUUAGCGGCAUGGUGGAGCCUCUGGCCGGGGUCUUCGGCGCCUUCGCGGUGGUGCUGGCCGAGCCCAUCCUGCCCUACGCGCUGGCCUUUGCGGCUGGCGCCAUGGUCUACGUGAUUAUGGAUGACAUCAUCCCCGAGGCCCAGAUCAGUGGUAAUGGGAAACUGGCGUCCUGGGCCUCCAUCCUGGGCUUCGUGGUGAUGAUGUCGUUGGACGUUGGUCUGGGCUAGUGCUGAGAUGCUCCAGAACCCUGGAAAGGCAGCGCGAGGAGACAGCCACUGUUGGCUUCGGCAGGACCAGCCUCUUUCUUCACAUCCAAACGUUUUCCUUCCUCUCCUUUUUCAUCUCAUUACCUUGAUUGACUCUGAUUAAGAUAUGACACAUUUUAGAUUUCUUUUGAGGGAGAUAGUGGUUUUAUUUGGAAUUUCAAGCAGGCUCAGAACUAUUGAUUUUUGCUUGGCCACUACGUAGAAUCUUUCUUCAAUGGGAUAACCAAGGACACGCAGAUCAGGGAAAUCUUUUGUACCUUCAGUUGCCCUCGCUAGACUCGACGGAAGUUCCUCAAGGUCACCUCCAGAAGCAAGAGAGAAGUCUCCCAAGCAUCUUUGCCUAGUGACUCAGAAAGGCCAGGACAGCUCUUAUCCGUCCUUUCUGCUCUUUACCGCUGAUCCUCUGUCCAUCAAGACUGGAGCUGCAGCAUCAUGGACAAAGCAACCCAGGGAGGAACUUACCUUCUUCUUCCUCCCCCAUGGGGGAUGCUGCAUGGAAGGAGGCGCAGACGAAGGGAAGAGAAUCAGCUGGCCUUUCCUUUUCCCUUUUUCUGAAGGCAGAGAUUGGCACUGUCGAAGUUAAGGGAAUCAGGACAACUGGAUGCGCAGUGAGCCCUGUGAACCGAGGACAGAGUGGCGCUUUGAUCAGAGACCUGAGCUCUCUCUAGAUUCCAAGAGCAGCUCAUUCUGCCACGGUCUCCAAGUCCCCCAGACGUGUUUUUAUAAGCUUACAGCCUUCAUUUUUCUAGGAGCCUUGGGGACACCAGCAAACUGCUAGAACGCAACCCCUUCAUUUACCUACGGAGGGAGUCACUGAAGCUCGUCCAAGUGAAUACAAGCCUAGGAAUCUGCACUGGGUCCUCCUCCUCUGACUGUUUGGUAACUUGUAACCUCACCCAGACCUCCUAAGCAGUUUUACUGGAUUUCGGUCAGAAAACUCAGGAUGAGACAGGAAGAAGGCUAGAAUAACAAGAGGUACUUUUUUACAUUUCCCCUUUGAAGUAAGUUUUAGCCAAGUCAUCAUUCCAAAAUGACCCCUAAAGAAUGAGAUUCGAAUGAGACUUGAAGCCAGUCUCCUCCCUAAUAUGUACACACAGCUUCUCCUGCAGGGCUGGCAUAUCUUAUCUACUUCAAGCGUAGCUGAGGCCUGCCGUUCUUGCUGGUCAGAGGCGCACAGGGGGCCUUGAGUGGGUUCUGCUGACAAGGCAGGCAACCCAAGAGCCAGGUGUUAAGGCGUUGUGUGAUCAAGGCCCACCCCAGGUUGACAUGCCUCAUCGCUUCCAAGGAUGGAUACACUGUUCUGGCAAUGCCCUGUGCUGGAUCUGUGUACCUUCUUCCAGAGCACUGAUGAUCAACAUUGAAGACACGUUCAGAAGUUUGAUUGGUGGAGUUUCAUUGGUUUGGUGGUUGGCAUAUGGGUGUUUUUAUGUCUUUGUAACAGAGUUCUACAUAAUGCAGACUUCUUUCUGAUGGACAAGACCUCAUAACUGUGAUUAAUACCAAUAAAGGGGAUAUUGUUGUGGA